AUGACAACAAAUCAAUCAUUAGAUAAAAUUCGAAUUGUAUUAGAAAAAUCUAAAAAGAAAGAUAUCAAUAUAGAAAUUGAAUCUAUAAUUGAUGUGACAGUUAAUUAUCUUGAUGUCACCAUUGCAAAUGAAAAUGGUUAUUUGAGAACAUGUGUUUAUCAUAAACCAACAGCUCAACCAUAUUAUUUAACAUAUACAUCAGAUUAUUUACAUAAAUAUCAUCGUAAUAUACUAUAUACUGAAUUAAUAUGUGCUGAACGUUUAUGUUCAAACAUAUAUGAUUUUAAUUCAGAACGUCUUCACAUUGAUAUGUCACUAUUACUCAGCUAA